CCCACAAGUGGCACAGUCUAAUCACCCCUCCCCCUUCUCCAGAUAGCUAGCUGCGUGCUGUGAUCCUUGGAAAACAGAUUUAGGCACCAAGAUGUUGUCAUGCGUCAAACUGACCCAAAGGGUGGCGUCCCACCCCGGACUGAUGGCCGCGGCGGGGACACGGCUGAAGCACACCCUCCCCGACCUGCCGUACGACUACGGGGCGCUGGAGCCAACCAUCUCCGCGGAGAUCAUGCAGCUGCACCACUCCAAACACCACGCCACCUACGUCAACAACCUCAACGUGGCCGAGGAGAAACUCGCUGAGGCACAGGCUAAAGGUGAUGUGACCACAGAGAUUGCUCUGGGCCCAGCGCUGAAGUUUAAUGGUGGCGGUCACCUGAACCACUCCAUCUUCUGGACCAACCUGUCUCCUAAUGGGGGAGGGGAGCCGCAGGGAGAAGUACUUGAGGCGAUCAACCGUGACUUUGGCUCGUUUGAGAACCUGAAGAAGAAGAUGUCGGCAGCUUCUGUAGCCGUGCAGGGGUCUGGAUGGGGGUGGCUGGGAUACGACAAGGAAAAUAACCGACUGAGCAUCGCUGCCUGCGCUAACCAGGACCCCCUACAAGCAACCACAGGUCUUGUCCCCCUCCUUGGUAUCGAUGUCUGGGAGCACGCGUACUACUUACAGUACAAGAACGUCCGACCAGACUACGUCAACGCCAUCUGGAACGUGGUCAACUGGGAGAACAUCAACGAGAGGUUUCUCGCCGCUAAAAAAUGAGCAAUCAAGUUCACUAUGCCAACAUUUAGGUAACAUCAGAAAGGCUUACGGUAACAUAGUUGGAAUCUGCAAAAAAAAUUCAAGAAGAAUUGUCGGACUUGUUCAAGAAAAUGCCUUCCCGCUAUAUAGUAGCUCUU